AUGUCUGCAUCCCCAGCCCAUACGAAAGUUGCAGACGGCGCUGCAGAAUCACCACACCCAGAGUCGCCUGCAGAACACACCCCCUCCACAACGGACUCGACGGAUAAUACCCCGGAGCAGCCUCAGCCAUCAACCGAACCAGAGGCAUCAACCUCAACUACAGCGGAUGCCUCUUCUACACCGGCAGCAGCAGGCACUUGGCAGGCUGUCUGGUCACCUCAGCACAACGCGUAUUACUUCUAUAAUUCUGUAACGCAAGAAACAACAUGGACAAACCCGCUUGAAGCCGCUGCUGUCGGCGCUCCUACUGGUACAGCGUCUCCAGACCCUUCUUCUGCUUCUCCACACGCAGGUACUUCUGCCGCCGCUUCCCACUAUGCUACUCUUCAAGCAAAUGCAAUGGCUCAGGGCAUCGAUCCAUCCCUUGCCCAUCUCGACCCUACGCUAGCCUCAUCAUCUGCAGUCCCUGCCAACUUCACUUAUUCAGCCAAGUUCAAUGCUAGAACUGGUACUUUCGCAAAGGUAGACGCUCGUGACCCUUCGCAUUUAUCUGAAUUCGAAAGGGCCAAGCGUAUGAGUGAAUUUUAUUUCGACGUGGGGGCUUGGGAAAAGGAGGUAGAAGAACGGAAAGAAGCUGAAGAGCACGGAGAGGGGAGGAAGAGGAAGAGGCCGACUAAGAAGGAUCUGGAACGUUUCAAGGAGCAGAAGAAACAGAAGAAGAUAGCGAAAACUGCGUGGCUUCGUACAUAG